AAAUCUACGAUAAAUUAUAGAAACAUUUAUACAAAUAUUUAAAUACACAAUUAUAGAAAAUAUACGACAAAGGAUAUUAAGGAAAAGUUAAUUGCGACCAGAGAGAAAAUUUUUUACAACCAUAACGUACCAAGUUGGUAACAAUAAGAUUGUAAUUAUAGAAACAUAUCCUCCAAAAAUAUACAGAUAAUGAAACAUAAUAGCGCUUGAGGAAUGCAAAUAUGAUACCCACGAGUUCCACCUCCUCAUAUCUACAUUUCAUGAUUUUGAUAACGAAAAUUGCACAUGCAGCAAAUAAAAUUUACGUUUUCAUAAAAUGGCGAUAUGCUACAGGGCAAAGUGCACUUGUAGAAAAAUCUAGAUUGGUUCUAAAAUAAUAUGAAAAGUCGUUAUAGUAAACUGUUACGUGAAGUUAAAAUUUAGUAUCAGUAUUGUAAUUUCUAUUUUUAAUUUAUUGCAUGGCGUAAGUACUUCCAAAAUGAUGGAAAGCAUAAAUAAGGAAUUAUUACCAAUAAAGACACAUUAUUUUUUAUUUAAUGCAGCUACUGGACCAAUAGUACCAUUCUUACCAACAAUAGCAAAACAGUUAGGCUUCUCUCCUUUCUUAACUGGCACAAUAUACACGAUAUUACCAAUUUCUGGUUUAGUAGCGAAACCUUUAUUUGGAGCAUUAGCUGACAAAUUCAAAAUUCAUAAGAUAGUGUUUUUAAUAUUUCAAGUUGUAGUUGCGAUAGCCUUGUUUUCAAUAUAUUUUAUACCUGAAAUAGACAAUAGGGCACAUGUUGAACUUACUUGUAAUAAAAUGGCAACUAUAGAAAUGUGUUCAAAAAAUGGAUUUCCUGAUAGAAUUAAAAAUGAUACGAUAACAAAGAUCAACCACUUAAAUGUAUCAUGUCAGAUAUCGUGCAAAGCCUCGAAAGAACUUUAUCAUGAAAUGUGCUCAAAUUGGAAAGUACCUCAAUUCUGUGACUUAACAAAUUCAAGCUCUAUUUUAAAUAAUGAUACAUUUAAUUCUACCAUAACAUUUGACAUAUAUCAUAACAUUUAUCUAAAAAGAUGCAUGUAUGUGCGUAUUUCUACUGCCAAAUUCUCAGAUAAUAUACCACAUGAACCAUUUUGUGACAAUUAUGUAAAAACAUCGUGCCUAGCUACAUGUCAUGAUAAUCCAACCUUUAAUCAAUUGUUGCAUGAAGUUGAUGUGCCUCAGAGUUCCACAGAAAAUUCAACAUACCAGUUUCAUUCAUUUCUGUGGGCAACUAUAAUAAGUUGGAUUGGAAUGGCAGUUGUAGUUAGCAUAGCUGAUGCUAUAUGCUUUAAUCUCCUUGGAAAUGAGAGAAGAAAGGAAUAUGGAAAACAAAAGAUGUGGGGCAGCAUUGGUUUUGGCAUAUUUGGAAUAAGUGCAGGAUAUUUGGUAGACUUAUUUAGCGAAGGAAAGAUUCAGAAAGAUUAUACUUGUAUAUUUUAUAUCAUGCUGGUCAUUAUGAUUUUUGAUAUUAUUGUAUCUGCAACUUUAAGGAAGAAAAAUCCAGAACACUCUGAGGAUGAACCUUCAAUAUUAUGGGAACUAUUCACUAUCCUUAGGGAGGGUAAUGUGUUGUCAUUUGGAUGGUGGUGCAUAGGUGCUGGAAUGUGUACUAGCGUAGUGUGGAAUUUUCUAUUUUGGUAUAUUGAAGACCUAGCCAGUAGUUCACAAAUAACACGGCUGAAAACUUUACAAGGGCUUUUGACUGGUGUACAGUGUUUUCUAGGAGAACUACCAUUUAAUUUUAUCUCAGGAAAUGUUUUACAAAGAUUAGGUCACGUGAAUGUUAUGAGUUUAGUAUUAUUGAUAUAUGCAAUUAGGUUUAUGGCAUACAGUACUGUAUCAAACCCAUGGUGGUUUUUAGUUAUUGAAAUACUUCAUGGACCUACCUUAGGUCUUUGUUGGCCAACAAUGGUGUCAUAUGGUGAUAAGGUAACACCACCUGGUACUAAAGCUACUAUACAAGGAUUUAUUGGUGCUAUAUUUGAAGGAAUUGGAGUAUCAAGUGGCAGUUUAAUAUGUGGAUGGUUAAUAAACACAUAUGGCGGUGUUAUAGCGUUAAGAGCAUUUUCAGUAGGAGCGUUAUUGUGGCUAUCUUGCUUCUGGUUGAUUCAAUUGUUUUUACGAAAAUUUAAAACAUCGGCGGUACAUUUGGGUCAUAAUCAUUUGGUAAAUUACGCUAAUCCAGAUGAUGCUAUUUUUAUGUCCAUGAGUCGCGAAUUAGAAACUUAUUAGUAAAAGGCAAACGACAGUGUUCUUUUUAGAAAUUCGGUAUAUACAUUGUUUGUUUAUUUUGAUAUGAUGAUUUCGAUUGAAUGUAGUAAAAAAUAUACUUUUCUUAUAAUUAUCGGACAGUUCAAUUCUUAACACAUUCGUGACUCAUUUUUUUAGACAAAUAUUGAUUAUUCAGUAUUAUACUGUAGUUGUAAAUUGUAUCAUGUUCUGUAAUAUAUUCAUUUUUCUUAGACUGAA